AUGACUACCGAAAUAGCGAAAUUAUUGACGACUACACAUCACGAAAAUUUUCGUAAAUUGUACGAAAUGUCAAAAUUCCGUGAUGUCUCAAUUGUCGUUGGUCAAGAACCAAACAAGCAAACUUUUGAACAGAAUAUCCUU